AACCCCUCCAUCCAUCUCUGUCCUUCUUCCCCUAUAUAUGCUUCUAUUCCACCAACAUAUUUUCCAACUAAACACACUCUUUCCACUACCGUUAUUGGUUUUGAAAACAAUGGCUUCAUCUACAAGAUUUUCUUUCUGUUCCGUACUGGUCAUUGUCACUUUGGGUGUUCUUGCUGGUUUCACAGGGAGAUCUUCUGCUCAACUCUCAACGAAUUUCUAUUCGGGAAGCUGCCCUAAGGUUUUCAGCACUGUCAAGUCCGUUGUACAGUCCGCGAUCUCCAAGGAAAAUCGCAUGGGGGCUUCUCUCCUUCGCCUUCACUUCCAUGACUGCUUCGUCAAUGGUUGUGAUGGGUCUGUACUCCUAGACGACACUUCUUCUUUCACUGGUGAGAAGACAGCAGGUCCCAACAAUAAUUCAAUUAGGGGAUUUGAAGUCAUUGAUAAGAUAAAAACCCAGGUCGAAAAAGCAUGCCCCGGCGUCGUUUCGUGUGCUGAUAUCCUUACCAUCGCUGCUCGAGACUCCGUUGUGAUUCUUGGAGGGCCAAGCUGGAAUGUUAAACUUGGAAGAAGAGAUGCCAAGACUACAAGCCUUGCUGCUGCCAAUAGUGGUGUCAUCCCUCCUCCCACAUCUACCCUAAGCAACCUCAUCACUAGGUUCCAAGCUGUAGGCCUCUCUACAAGAGACAUGGUUGCUUUAUCUGGAGCUCACACAAUUGGGAAAGCAAGGUGUUCAAGUUUCAGAGCACGCAUAUACAACGAAACCAACAUCGAUGCUUCAUUUGCAAAGACCAGGCAGAACAGUUGCCCAUCAACCACUGGCUCAGGAGACAACAACCUUGCACCUCUAGACACUCAAACUCCAAAUAGCUUCGACCCUAAAUACUUCCAGAACCUCAUCAACAAGAAGGGUCUCCUCCACUCUGAUCAAAUACUGUUCAAUGGUGGAUCCACAGACUCAUUGGUUAAAACAUACAGCGCCAGUGCAAGUACGUUCAAUUCUGACUUUGCUAAGGCAAUGAUCAAGAUGGGAGAUAAUAAACCACUCACUGGGUCUCAGGGUGAGAUUAGAAAAAACUGUAGGAAGCGCAAUUAAUCGUGGACAUGGAGAUGGAGAAUUAAUUAUAAGCUAAAGCUGUGAUUGAUUAAUUAGCCCGCAAGUUAAUUGGCAUAUGGUUCUCAUGACUUCGAACUUAAUUAUGAGAUGGAGUGUGUUUGUGAAAUGAAGUUUUUUUUUUUUUUGGUCUGAGUUUGUGAAAUGAAGUUUAGCUAUAGCUAAUCUUUUUGAUCAUUUUAGAGAAUAAAAAUAUCAUGAGAUACAACCUAUUGUAGAA